UAAGAGUCGAAAACAUACCUACUUCUACCUACAUAGAGAAGAAGUCUAUACAAAACCUCGCCGCAUCCAUACACAUCAUAAGCGAUCUUUCAAUUCACCCCGCUACAACUACCCCCACCACAGCCAUGCCUACCGUAAUUUCAAUCUUCUACCCGCGCACCGCGACUUCGACCUUCGACCUCGACUACUACCUCUCCUCGCACUUGCCGCUGGUCGUCGGGUACUGGUAUCCGCGCGGGCUGCAGCGGUAUCACGUCGAGACAUACGCCGAGGGGCCGUACACGGUGAAGGCGGAGCUUGUGUGGGAUUCGUUGGAUGCAUUCAAAGCCGCGGCAGGCGUUGAAGAGGAGAUUGGAGCCAUCUUUGCGGACGCUAAGAAUUAUAGCAAUGAGGCUCCGGUGCAGCUGUUUGGGGAGGUGGUGGGGAGUGGGGAGAAGCCGAAGUAGUGAGGGAAAGGGAGGUUUGAAAGGGAUGGAAGGGGAAGGGGCGAUGGGACGGUGAAUGAUA